GGGUAGCGACGACAACAAUAGAGCGUUGUGGCUUGGAAGUUGGCGUUAAAUCCUUCAUUUCGGCAUUUUUACUUAUUCGCAUAUCGUGUGAAAAAACGAAAAUGUAUUAUUUGCGUCAGACCUGUCUCAGUGAACUUUAAAGCUUCUCAGGCUUAGCUUAGCUUGCUAGUUAGCUUAGCCUGCGCGCUACUAAGUAAGAGACGCGGAAGUUAUCAACAACAAGAUCAAAGUGUUAGUGUAUAAAUGUGUAAAUUACAUAUCCUGAGAGUGUCGGUAAAUUAGCCACUAAUCGCGGCUGUUGAAGAGAUACGACAUGGAACUUUCUCCAACAGAAGAGAAGGAGCGACAACAUCAACUACUGGACGCAGUUUUCAAGAAGAUCAAGUUGUGUUACACAGAACAGAUGAAGAAUGACUCAUAGUCCUCACAAAGAAAAGCGGGGUGGAAGCAAGCGUCUUUUCGUGUCGUUCUUGCCAUUUACGGGUCUAAAUUGGCUGCCAAAGUGUACGAACUUGUCGGAAUACGUCUCCAUCCUUCUACUUUCCAGAACAUAUUCUCCCCGAGCGGAUGAUGGAGCAGAAAGAGCCACGGCCGCCCUACUUUAAAGAGAAAGAGGAGGAGCCACAGCCUCACUAUAUUAAAGAGGAAGAGGAUGAGCCACGGCCCACCCACAUCAAAGAGGAAGUGUCACAUUCGCCCCACUUUAAAGGGGAAGAGCCACAUCCUCCACAUAUUAAAGAAGAAGAGAAGUCGCAGCCCCCUCACUUUAAAGAGGAGGAGGUGGAACGCCGCCUCAGUCGGGAGGGAGAGUAUCUUGAAGGGCGGGAGGAGUUCCCGUUGACUGACAUUGUGAAGAGUGAAGAUGAUGAGGUUAAAAGUGAAAGUGAGGAGGAGAGAGAGGCGGAGCCUCCAAGCAGCAGCUCAACUCAACACAUGACAACAGAAGCUGAUGGAGACCACUGUGGAGGAUCACAAGCAGACAAGCUCUUAGCUCCACUGUCAGAUAGUGACGACACGACCUCACACUCUCCUGACACUGAUGAGGAAGACUCUACAGCUGACACGACAUGUCACACCGACAACACACACUUCAAAUGUUCUCACUGUGACAAAACCUUUAAUUACCAUUGUCAUUUGAAAAGAGACACGAGAACGCACACCGGGGAAAAACCUUUCACGUGCUCAUUUUGCAGCAAAAGAUUCUCCCUGAAACAACAUUUGACAAUACACUUGAGGAUGCACACCGGAGAGAAACCCUUUUCCUGUUCUAUAUGCAGAAAAGGUUUCGUGCAGAAAGAUAAGAUCGAAAGACACAUGAGAUUGCACACCGGGGAAAAACCGUUUAUGUGUUCAUUCUGCGAUAAAAGCUUCGUACAAAGUCAACAUUUGAAAGUGCACGUAAGAACGCACACCGGCGAAAAACCUUUCGCCUGUUCAAAGUGCAACAGGAGCUUUUGUGACCGGUCCACACUUGUAAGACACGUGAGAACACACACGGGUGAGAAAGUGUUCAGUUGCAGCGUGUGUGACGAGAGAUUCUCUUAUCAGUACCAGUGUAAGAAACACAAGUGUGCUGGUGACAACUGCAGCAGCAAAUGAAGCCGCAGCAUUUUAGGAUAAGAGAGGAUGGACUUUAAAGGGUGGAGUGCCAUCUCUGGGUUGGGGAGGAGAUCUUGCCCCAAGUGGAGGAGUUCAAGUACCUCAGAGUCUUGUUCACGAGUGAGGGAAGAGUGGAUCGUGAGAUCGACAGGCGGAUUGGUGCAGGGUCUUCAGUA